AUUUCACUAUUGCCUGCCACGUCCAAGCUAGGUUGUUCUUAUUGAUAAUUGACAUGUGGAAGAUGGUGAGCAAGAUAGGAUCGAAUGUUCAGUGCCGGGAUUUCCUCGCUUUCUUGAUGUUCUUUUUUGCUUCUGUUUACGCAAUUAGGUCAAUUCCAACCAACGGCACUGAAGAUUUAAAAUCAUCUACUCCAUUGAGACUUGACAUUACCGAUACACAUGUGGUGAUGGACAAUGGUUUUAUCAAAGUGACACUAUCGAAUCCAACUGGGGCAAUUGCAGAGAUUCAGUAUCAAGGAAUCGAUAAUGUACUCGAAUAUAGUUUCAAAGAAACAAAUAGAGGAUAUUGGGAUAUUGUUUGGACCAGGCCAGGGAUAGAUGACAAUGGAAACUUUGAUACGCUUCAAGGAACACACUUUAGAGUAAUCACAUCUGAUGAAAAUCAAAUUGAAGUCUCCUUCACAAAAGAUUAUGAUCGAGAAGAUCCUUCUUCUGUUCCUUUGAAUAUAGAUAAAAGGUACGUAAUGUUACCCGGAAGAUCUGGUUUCUACACAUAUGCAAUCUAUCAGCAUAUUGAAGGGUGGCCUGAUGUUGAUAUAGGCCAAACUCGGCUAGCUAUCAAGCUUCAAAGAGCACUGUUCAACUAUAUGGCCAUAUCAGAUGAGAUACAAAGAGAGAUGCCAAGUGAUAAUGAUCGGUCUAGUGGAAGGACUCUUGAUUAUAAAGAAGCAGUCUUACUAACCAACCCAUCCAAUCCUAAUAUGAGGGGAGAGGUGGACGAUAAGUACCAGUACUCCCUAGAAAACAAAGAUAUUAAAGUACAUGGGUGGAUUUGUCGGAGCCCACAUGUUGGAUUUUGGAUCAUCACCGGGGCCAAUGAGUUUCGUGGUGGAGGACCAAUUAGACAAGAUCUUACGUCUCAUGUCGGUCCGACUGCAUUAUCGAUGUUUUUCAGUGGUCAUUAUGCUGGUUACAAUUAUGAUGUUAGCUUGAGAAAUGGCGAAGCUUGGAAGAAAGUAUUUGGCCCAGUUUUUAUUUAUCUCAACUCUGAUCAAGGGGAUGAUCCAAAACCUCUAUGGGAAAAUGCUAAAGAUGAGAUGGUUGCGGAAACUAAAAGUUGGCCUUACACUUUCCCAAAAUCAGAGGACUAUCCAACUGCUAGUCAACGAGGCACAGUUACUGGUCGAUUACUAAUUCGUGAUAGAUAUUUGAGUGAAGACCUUAUCCCAGCAAAAUCCGCAUACAUCGGUUUGGCUCCACCGGGGAGUGAUGGGCAUUGGCAAGAAGAUGCUAAGGGUUAUCAGUUUUGGACUCAAACAGAUGACAAUGGGUAUUUCAGGAUUACUGCAGUAAGACCUGGAAACUAUAACUUGUAUGGUUGGGCCCCUGGCAUUUUGGGAGAUUACAAAAACAAAGAUGAUGUCACAAUCCGACCAGGAGAAGAAACAAGUCUCGGUGAGAUUGAGUUUGAUCCUCCCAGAAAUGGUCCGACUAUAUGGGAAAUCGGCGUCCCCGAUAGAAAGGCGGCAGAAUUCUUUGUGCCUGAUCCUGCACCAGAGCUCAUGAACUACGCUUUGAUCAACCAUACUGAAAAAUUUAGGCAAUAUGGACUAUGGGAUCGUUACACCGAUCUUUACCCUUCCCAGGAUUUGGUUUAUCGAGUUGGAGAAAGUGAUUAUCGCAAAGAUUGGUUUUUUGCCCAUGUCAAUAGGAAAGUCGGGGACAAUACGUAUGAACCAACGACAUGGAGAAUUUCAUUCCCAGUCCAGAAUGUUAACCAGACAGCAACCUACACACUCCGGAUUGCAUUAGCUGCCACCACCUUAACCAGAAUUGAUGUUUUGAUCAACGACCCUAAUGCACACCCUA